UUGUAGUGAAUAUAUAUAUCUGCUGGGGCGGCCCGCACAUGUAUUAUCCCACGCUGCAGGUCACACACCCUCUCUGCAUGCACGCGCGACACAACGCAUUGGCGAGGCGGGAAGAAAACAACCACAACUUCCGCUCCCAGCCAUAGUGAGGGGCGCGAGCUCUGCAACUGGUCCAAAAGCUACGCAUCCCACGCCUUCGCCUGCAGGGCUCUCUCGGAUCUGGGGUUAACAACCUGGCUGCACGCGCAACACACUGCGAGCCACAGAACAUCAUCCACGACAUUCAUUCAGCAACUUGCGGCUAAAUCGCAGUGACGUUGUAUCACUUUCGCUUGCACCCGCGUGCUGCAGGCAAAGGCCCAGAGCUCGUGCCGAGUAUAUAUACAAAGCUGACGUCCUGCCUAUUACGACCGCGCAUCGAUCUCUUACUCUGAAGCACGGCAUCUGGCAUCAUUUUGGAAACAUCGCGACAUCUCUGGCCAUGAACUUUCAAGCUGCGAUUGUUGCAGAAUAUCCGUUGCCUGUUGAGAACGUCAACCGCUGAACGGGCUUUGCAUGAGUGACUCAACAUCACGCCCUUUGUCAUAACUUUGCAUAAAUACCAACCCAGCCUGUGGAACAACGUUUAAAUUUUCAUCGAACAUGGGACAACCGAUUCUGGAAUCGAGCACUUUGCUCAAUGCUAAUAUUGGCUUUCUUAGAACACAUCUUGCUAUGAUUCAUAUCCCGACAUCAAUAUGGUCUUUGUUUCUACAACCUAUACUUGGUCUGCUGCUGCACAACGACCUGCGAGACGAAGAUGGCGCUACGAUACCGCCGCAUCGACCCUGGUGUCACUGGAAGCCUUUCACGAAUGUAUCGAUUACGCCACAAGAAUGCAGCAUCGUCUGUUCUCGAGACGACGCCGAAGCACUUUUCAGACCCCUCAUCGCAAACCUCAGCGCAACGCUACAAAAGCAGGUCUCGAUCAGCGAAGAAGAUUACUCCGUCAUCACGAUCGGCGGCGAAGGCCUUGAAGCAGGCCAACGAGUCCUCGACCUAACAAGUCCAUUAGCAUCAGCCGGCAUCCCCAUCUUCUUCAUCACAUCCUACUACUCCGACUUCGUCCUAGUCCCCUACAGCUCCCGCUCAAAAGUCAUCCACGCCUUGGAAGAACGCGGUUUCGUCUUCGAAGCCGACAGCGAAGACGGUGAAGCAGGCCAUAUGACCAACCCAGCCUCACCGCUCCUCAACUCCCAUGCCCGACAAGGAUCUUCCGGAUCGUCGUCUUCGAGCUCAGCAGAAAGUUACGGCUUCAAUUCCAUGGUUAUCCCUACCCGCGCACCUCACACUCCGCCUCCGACUACCAUUUCUGACUUACAAACCCGGACUUUUAAGAUUCUUGCGAGGAAUAAUAUUACGCCUUUCGUCGACCCUUCGAUUGAGUUGGUUACUUGUGCUGGGUUGAAAGAUAGUACUCCUCAUUCUUCCGAAACGAAUUUCACUGAAGGGAAACUCCAACUUGGUAUUGCGAGAUGUCUUACAGCAUCCUAUCCUCCACCGAAAUUCUUCUCCGUCACACUCACAGACAACGAAUCCGCCUCUCUAACACUGGAAAAACGCCUCUUACAAUACUUUCCCGAAGAUGGCGAGGAGAUUCUACUAGGAACACAAUCGCCUGAGCAAAUCCCUAUCACACUAGAUCUGAAAGAUUUACCACGGGAGAGUACGGGAAUUGUUUGUGGAGUGUCGAGUCGUUUGACGGAGGGGAUGAAAGGGAGGAUCAGCGCGACGGAAAUGUUCAAUAUGAGUUAUUUGAGUACAAGUCGUGCGGGGCAUGUUAUUGUGUAUGAGGAUGAAUUGGCUGAUGUGAUGGAGGCGUUGAGAGGAGCGCAGAUCUUGGAUGAGGAGGGGAAGUAGUCAAAGUAAAGUUGGCAAGAGACAUGCAUGCAAAUGAGGGGCAUGUCUAGCUCAAAACGAUCUCAAGUGGUAGCUCUUUGAGCGUUGCCCUUGCUCGAAAACGUGUCAUGAAACAGUGGUGAAUUGAAGAUCAGGUGGUAGCGUGAAAUGUAUCACCACUCACUGUACGAUGGUAGCACCUCAAACACGUAGAGGCAACUCGGUGAGAGCCAAAGAUACAAUGUCUAUCGAGGAA